AUGAAAGUAUGCAUUCAGAGGGAAAAUGUGAGUUUUCCCAGCACUUUUGUCCUGCUGGGCUUCUCAGAGUUUCCGUGGCUGGAGGUUCCCUUCUCUGCAGUGGUCCUGCUCUCCUACAUCCUCACCCUGAUGGGGAACAGCUCCAUCAUCCUCCUCUCCCUGCUGGACCCCAGACUCCACACGCCCAUGUACUUCUUCCUGGACAACCUCUCUCUGCUGGACCUCAGUGUGACCUGCACCAUUGUGCCCCAGCUGCUGGCCAACCUGUGGGGACCAGACAAGACGAUUGCCGCUUGGGGCUGCAUCACACAGACCUAUCUUUUUAACUUGACUGCCUGUGCCGAAUGUGCCUUGCUGGCCAUCAUGGCCAUUGAUCGCUAUGUGGCCAUCUGCCGGCCCCUCAGGUACACUCUCAUCAUGCGUCCCUGGGUGUGUGUGCAGAUGGCGGCUAUCUGCUGGUCCAGUGGCCUGGCGAGUUCUCUGCUCCAAGCCACCCUCGCCCUCCAGCUCCCCCUCUGUGGACACCACACCCUGGACUGCUUCUUCUGCGAGGUGCCUGAGCUCAUCAAGCUGGCCUGCGGGGACACCACUGCUAAUGAGUUGGCCCUGGCUAUUGGAGCCAUCCCUUUUUCAGGAGUGGCUCCCCUCAUGGUAGUCAUGUCCUACACCUUUAUUGCCAGGGCCAUACUGAAGAUGCCUUCAACUGAAGGAAGGCACAAGGCGCUCAGCACCUGCAGUUCCCACUUGCUGGUGGUCACCCCGUACUUUGGCCCUGCCAUCUAUGUGUACCUGCAGCCUCCGGAAAAUCAUCAGGCCAAGUUCGUGUCCUUCUUCUACUGUGUCAUCACCCCACUGCUCAACCCACUCAUCUACACCCUGAGAAACAAGGACGUGAAAAGAGCAUGGAAGAGGGUCCUGUAA